AGGUAAACUUCUACCCCCCACACAUAGGCUAACUGGGGAAAGCCAACACUUUUGUGACUUAGGUUGGAGGAGCACUAGACUAUUUAUCUAGACUAGCCAAGCUGUGGCGAGCAAUGUUGCAUCUCCGAGGAGAGCAUGGGGCGUGCUGAUUUAAAAACAGAAAAUGCAAAGCUGGACUCAAAAUAUCCUUAGUCUUCCAAGCAAUCUGCUUAAAGGUUCCAAACUUACCUUAAUUUGGUGAGCAAAAGAAGCUUGCUUGCCCUAUUUUCUCUUUCUUCGUCUUCUUCUCCUUCUACAACCGGAACCAGCCAUUUCCCCGAACCGCCACCAUGGAGGUGGCCAUGGUCAGUGCCGAGAGCUCUGGAUGCAACAGUCACAUGCCUUAUGGUUACGCAGCCCAGGCCCGGGCCCGGGAGCGAGAGAGGCUGGCUCAUUCGAGGGCUGCUGCUGCGGCAGCUGUGGCCGCUGCCACGGCUGCCGUGGAAGGCAGUGGGGGUUCGGGUGGGGGACCCCAUCACCACCACCAGACACGUGGGGCCUGCACCUCUCACGACCCUCAAAGCAGUCGGGGUAGUAGGAGGCGGAGGCGACAGCGGCCCGAGAAGAAGAAGCUCCACCACCGGCAGAGCAGCUUUCCCCAUUGCUCGGACCUGAUGCCCAGUGGUUCAGAGGAGAAGAUCCUGAGAGAGCUGAGCGAGGAGGAGGAAGAGGAGGAGGAGGAGGAGGAGGAGGAAGAGGAGGGAAGGUUUUACUACAGCGAAGACGACCAUGGGGAUGAGUGCUCCUACACGGACUUGCUGCCCGAGGACGAUGGUGGCGGCGGUGGCUACAGUUCCGUCCGCUACAGCGAUUGCUGUGAGCGCGUGGUGAUCAAUGUGUCCGGCUUGCGUUUCGAGACCCAGAUGAAAACGCUGGCCCAGUUUCCAGAAACCUUGUUGGGGGAUCCGGAAAAGAGGACUCAGUAUUUUGAUCCUUUACGCAAUGAGUAUUUCUUUGACAGGAACAGACCCAGCUUUGACGCCAUCUUAUAUUAUUACCAGUCAGGAGGCCGCCUGAAGAGGCCAGUCAAUGUCCCCUGUGAUAUCUUCACGGAGGAGGUGAAGUUCUAUCAGUUGGGAGAAGAGGCCCUGCUCAAGUUCCGGGAGGAUGAAGGCUUCGUGAGAGAAGAGGAGGACAGGGCCCUGCCAGAGAAUGAAUUCAAAAAGCAGAUUUGGCUUCUCUUUGAAUAUCCAGAAAGUUCCAGUCCGGCCAGGGGCAUCGCCAUUGUGUCCGUCCUGGUCAUCUUAAUCUCCAUCGUCAUCUUUUGCUUGGAAACCUUGCCUGAGUUCAGAGACGACAGGGAUCUUGUCAUGGCACUGAGUUCCAGUGGGCACGGUGGGUUGUUGAAUGACACCUCCCCCCAUCUGGAGAAUUCAGGGCACACCAUAUUCAACGACCCCUUCUUCAUCGUGGAGACGGUCUGUAUUGUGUGGUUUUCCUUUGAGUUUGUGGUCCGCUGCUUUGCUUGUCCCAGCCAAGCACUCUUCUUCAAAAACAUCAUGAACAUCAUUGACAUUGUCUCCAUUUUGCCUUACUUCAUCACCUUGGGCACGGACCUGGCCCAGCAGCAAGGGGGUGGCAAUGGUCAGCAGCAGCAGGCCAUGUCCUUUGCCAUCCUUAGGAUCAUUCGUCUGGUCCGAGUAUUCCGGAUCUUCAAACUUUCCAGACACUCCAAAGGCCUACAGAUCCUGGGGCACACCCUCCGAGCCAGCAUGCGGGAACUGGGCCUUCUGAUCUUCUUCCUCUUCAUCGGGGUCAUCCUCUUUUCCAGUGCUGUGUAUUUCGCAGAGGCCGAUGAACCCACUACCCAUUUCCAAAGCAUCCCGGAUGCAUUUUGGUGGGCUGUGGUAACCAUGACAACUGUGGGCUACGGGGACAUGAAGCCCAUCACCGUGGGGGGCAAGAUCGUGGGGUCCUUGUGUGCCAUUGCUGGUGUCUUAACCAUUGCUUUGCCAGUGCCAGUGAUUGUCUCUAACUUUAACUAUUUCUACCACAGAGAGACAGAAAACGAGGAACAGACGCAGCUGACACAAAACGCAGUCAGUUGUCCGUAUCUCCCUUCUAAUUUGCUCAAGAAAUUUCGGAGCUCUACUUCUUCUUCCCUGGGUGACAAAUCAGAGUACCUAGAGAUGGAAGAAGGAGUUAAGGAAUCUCUAUGUGCAAAGGAAGAACAGUGUCAGGGCAAGGGGGAUGACAGUGAGACAGAUAAAAACAACUGCUCGAAUGCAAAGGCUGUGGAGACUGAUGUGUGAAUCACUUUCUCCACCUGCCACUGCCCCCUCCCCCAGCAUCUCCAAAUAUAUUUAUGCAUAGAGUACAGUUAUGAAAAUGAAAUAUGCAAAUGAUUUCAGUGCAUACAGUAGUAUGCCAUUUAAUGGUAAUACAUGGCAUAAUUGUUACUAAAUUUGUAUGACAUAUCCAAAAAUGAUCUUGGAGAAGAGGGAGGCUUAAAUAGGAGCAAAUCUAUCUUUAUAUUUUUAUUAGAAGGCAAGAAUUUUGCACAUUACCUGGAAAAGAUGUUAAUAGUAAAGAUGGUUCCAUGGAACGUGUGUGUGUGCGUGCGCGCGUGUGCGUGUAUGUGUGAAUGUGUGUGGCAUGUGUAUGUCUGUGUAAGUAAAUUGUCAACAUUGUUGGUAAUUGUGAAGUAAUGGGAAAAGUUGGCAUUUUGAAGUAUUUACUAUGUAAGAACUAAUGAAUUUGAGCAGUCAUUUAUCAGUGCUUUAAUAUCAUCUCCUAUGUCUUUGGAUUCUGUAGUUGUUUUUAAAAUGUUGUAAAAAUUAUUGUGUAGAAAAAAAGAGAAAGUAAAUUAUUUAAUAGAAUAUAGGUCACAAUUUUAUCUUGGAUUUAAUUAAAGUUUAUUUUUAACUGGAAAUUAACUUUUAAAGAGGCUGCAGGGGCCUUUAGAAAAUGAUUAUAUUUUAUUAUUAAUUUUGAGAAGAUUUAAAAGCAAAUGCCUAACAUUCUGGAAGAAAUGAAAUUGGAGAAAAUGUAACAAAUUCUGUUCACAGGUUACAGGACUGGAAUUUUUUCCCCAUUUGUACUACUUUAUAUGCUGAAGAAGGAGAGAGACUUCAUACUGUGAAUGUUUACUAAUGUAUCAGUUCAAUGACAAUCAUUGAAAGAGUGAUUUCUUAGUCUUAUUUUAUUGUUCUUUGCAUUCUGUGAGAUUAACAACCACACAGUUAACAGCACAUGAUUCUCUCCUGUUUUAAAAAUCAAAAUAACUGAUCUACAAAGGGACUAUGGAGUAAAAUUCAGCAAAUGAAUAAUUUGAAAUUGAUCUGUUAAAAUAAUGCUUCAGAAACCAUACUAUUUUAAGAAUUUUUCUGCCUUUUAACUCCAGAAUAAUUUAACCAAAGUUAAUGCAUGCACUGAAAGUAUUCUUGAAGAAAUAAGAUGCCCAGCAGCUAUCCUGAUUAUGGCUUCAGAUCUUUCUAUUAAACGUGCAAUAGAAAUGCUAGAUUUUAUUAAGUU